AUCUUUAACCACAGCUCACUUUCUUUCCUUUCUCCUUUCGUUACCCCUUACUUUUCAUCUCCAGUGUUAUUCAUCUUCUUCCCCUAGAUCCUUGUUUGUUGGUUUGGGUUUUAAUCAUCUCCUCAUCAUCUCUUUCCUCAUCUCAUCUCCUCCAUCUAAACCCUCUCAUCAAACUUACUAUGGGUUCGAAACCUAACAGAUCUGCUGGUGGGUAUCGUGUUCCACUAGGUUCUCGAGAACCCAACACCCAGCAAUUUGCUGGGUUCAAUCAAACCCAGCGAUCUACUGGAACGGAGCCUUUUGAUUUCAAUCACCCAAUCUUCUUCUUCCUCAGGCACUUCUCCUUCUAUCUCCUCUCCUUGUCUCUUCUCCAUGGUGAACAAGCUUGGUUGACUAGUGAAGCUCGUGUGACGGUUGGGUCCCUUCUUUGAGUGAGGCUCGGUGGUGUAAAGGAGGAGAUCCAGAUCUGGGUUUCCGUCAUGCUAGCCUCACAUAAUAAGGGAACCUAAGAUAUGGGUUCCCUUUGUUAUGUGAAUAUCUUGUGAAGGAGAAGGUCGAUUUUGGGUGCGAGGAAGUAUAGAUCUAAGAGGCAAUCCAGAUCUAAGUUCCCUCUACACCCACAUUUGUAUUUAGGUUUUAUUUUUCAAAUCUUGAUUGCUGCAAUUUUGGGUAUGAAAGCAUUAAAAUUUGAAUAAUAAGAAUUGGAAUUUGCA